CUUUGUGUGUCAUUCAAGCACUUAAUUCCGUCGUCAAUAUUUUUUAAGUGUGGAACACAAACAAGAGUUAGAUACAUCAGCAUUACGAGUAUAGUGCAAGCCCUUGGUCAAAAUUUGAGCAGCAGUCUCCUUGGCAUGCACGCUUAUACUGGUUGCGACACCGUGAGUGCUUUUGCUGGGCGGGGUAAGAUUGGUGCACUUCGAAUCGUUAAAGAACAGAGAUCCUUUCAGGAAAUGUUUGACCUCUUAGGAGUGGAAUGGGAACUCUCAGAUGAUCUAUUUCAGAUGCUUCAGAAUUUCACCUGUCGUAUGUACAGUUCCCGCCCAGGAACAAACAGCAUCAAUGAGCUAAGAUAUAGAUUGUUCUGUUCAAAGAGAGGUAACAUCGAGUCCGACCAACUACCACCUUGUGCUGAUUGCCUGUGUAAACAUGCGUGUCGAGCAAACUAUCAAACAGGGAUCUGGAGGCGAAGUCUUGAGAACUGCCCU